GAGACUAGAAGUCACUUUUAAAACCUAUAUAGUUUUAUUGACUAACUGCUUCCUUCAUAAAUUCUGCUUGCGAUUUAAGGAACAAAUCAAAAGCUAAGGCACUAGGAAUCCAGUUCAGAAAACCUUUCAAAUCCCUGUUCACUUUGAACUGGCUGAACCAUACCCCAUAACGGGAACGUUUGAUGGUUUUUACUAUACCGAAUGACAUGUUCUGAGCCGAACAUUUUCCAACAUGGUGCACUACGACGAGAUCCUUAAACAUGUUGGCGAGUUCGGAACGUAUCAGAAGAGGAUGUGCCUGUUCGCGUACCUGCCGAGUUUGUCGGUCGGCAUGCACAUGAUGGCCAUGGUGUUCCUAGCGGCCACGCCGGGGCACCGAUGCAGGGCCCCCGAGGGUGAGGUCCUGGCGGCCCGCUACAACUGGACCGAGCCCGAGCUGCUGAACAUGACCAUUCCGUGGAUGAAGGACGACGAUGGGAAAUGGGUCUUAGACAGCUGUAAAAGGUACGACCUGACGACUGUGGAAGUGAAUGACAGCUCCGCAAACCGAUCUGAGUGGAACGUGACGUCAUGUGACGCAGGCUGGACGUAUGACCUGAGUCAGUACAAAACCAGCAUCACAAUUGAGAAUGAUAUCGUCUGUAGCGACAAGUGGCUGGCGAGCAUGGCCCAGUCCAUUUUUAUGCUGGGGGUGCUCGUAGGAUCCAUCACUUUCGGGGACCUUUCAGACAGGUUUGGCCGGAAAGUCAUCAUGGUCGUUGCCAACGCUCUUCUUGCCAUCUCCGGGAUAGCAACUACGUUUGCACCGAACUUCACCGCCUUUGUCAUCCUGCGGUUCAUCGUCGGAAUACAGUGCAUGGGGAUCUACCUUGUGAACUUUGUGUUAGUUUCAGAGAUAGUUGGCCCAUCAAGACGAACUUUGGCCGGCACUCUCGACUAUGCGUCAUUCACCGUGGGGUUCAUGAUGCUAGGCGGGAUAGCAUACUUCAUCCGUACUUGGAGACACGUGCAGCUGGCGAUGUCUCUAACCAGCGUUCUGUGGAUGCCGCUGUGGGGGGCUGUAACGGAGUCUCCAAGAUGGCUGCUGGCGAAGGGUCGUACCGAAGAAGCGCGCGUCAUUGUGGAGAAAAUGGCGGCGACGAACGGUGUGAACUUUCCUCAGACAUUGUGGGAGAAGAUGUUGGAAUCAAUGGAUACAUCAGUGGCGACACCUGAAAAUGGCCGGUUCUAUUCCGCCCGGGACCUGAUACGGACUCCAAACCUGGCAAAGAUAUCUGCCGUCAUAUUCUACAACUGGGCCGUCACCAUCAUCGUUUAUUACGGACUCUCCCUCAACACCUCGGCACUGGACGGAGAUGAUUACAUCAACUUCUUUUUAUCCGGGCUGAUCGAGUUCCCCGCCCUCCUCAUGUCCGUUAUCGCGAUAGAGAAGUGGGGGAGAAGGUCGACACACAUCGUGCUUAUGGUGGUCGGCGGGACGGCCUGCAUCUGCACCGUAUUUGUGCCAUCAGAUCUGUUCCCACUGACCAUGACACUGGCGAUGAUUGGGAAGUUUGGAAUAACUGCUUGUUUAAACAUCGUAUUUAUCUGGACGGGAGAAAUCUAUCCCACUGUUAUCAGGUGA